UGGUUGUUCGAUCAUCGAUCUUCGAUUAUCGAUCAAUUAUGAGCAAUAUAGUAAAACCAAGGAUGAGGUCCAUGUUCAACCUAGCCUACGAUAGAGGAUAGGAAACAAAAAUCCGGUACAAAAAUUAAUUGUUUCAUAUUGAUUUAUAUAUUUCUGUUUUAGGAUCUUGUUCUUGUUAAUUGCUUGGAGUUGAAAUAUCGAAUAAACACGAUGACGACGAAGAAGAAGAACGUGUUUGUGAAGACAUGGGAAAGAUGUCGAUCUAUGAGGAACCGCGAAAGUUCAUUUCCAACAACUUUUUCGAAGAGUAAGUCAUGGCACGGUCCGAUAAGUGGAUCACAUAAGGUGGCUCCCGAUGGGUGUUUCUCGGUUUAUGUUGGACCGGAUAAAGAGAGAUUUGCUAUCAAGGCUAAGUAUGCGAAUCAUCCUCUAUUUCAGAUGCUUCUAGAAGAUGCCGAGAUGGAAUAUGGAUAUACUAGCCAAGGUCCUAUAUUACUUCCUUGUGAUGUUGAUCUAUUUUACAAGGUUUUGGCUGAGAUCGGUUGUAGCCAACAUGAUCAUGGCUUUGUUUCGGGUUCUUCGUGUAGCCCUUUUGUUAUCUCGCCUUAUGGAUCAGGUGCAGCAUCUAGUUAUAAGGUUUUAACUCCUCCACCAAUUCUCAAGUUCAAUCAAUAUUAUAUGGUAUGA